AUGGCCGCCACCGAUGGGCAGAUCAUUCUGGCCGCGUCCCGGUUCGCCCCGGACACGCCGCCAGUGUACCUGCGGGACUUUGCCAAGAGCGAACUGCCGGCGGUCGGGAAGAUCGUGAAGGGCCAGUACUACAGUUUGGGCGUACCGACGCUGUCCAACCCAUCGCUACAGAGCACGGCACUGUUUCUGAAUGCGGGCCGCAAGUACCAGAUCUUGGCGCAACCGAUCAAGAUAAAGGAGGGCCGGAAGAACACAAACGUCGGCCCGAAGGUGCUCAUCCCGGAGACGUACCCCGGCUACUUUGAGCUGCUCAGUGAGGAUGGCCGUUCGACACGCUGCAUCGAGAGUGUGCUGGAGCUGUCACGGCGGCGCAACUUUCGCGUGCUGGUGCGCGAAACGGUCCGCUGCAAUCACAACAGCAAGUCACUGCAUGCCGGCGAAAUUCUCACCACGAUCUCAGACAAUGGCAAGUACCUGCAGUGCCGGACGUCCAAGGACGAGCUCGUCAGUUUGCCAUUAGAAGCCAAAGCGAAGUUCUCACCGAUCGCUAAGGAGGACAGCAUCAGCGGUGUCCACACGGUGCGGAAUUUGUUGCAGAAGCGCAUGCCGGUGACGGUGCGGUUGGUGCACGGAGCCGCUCCCAAGGGACUGAAGCAACCGUUCGUGCCGGAGCUGCGGUUGCUUGGGUGCGUUGAGGUGGACCGGAUAUUUGCGCUGCCGCUGCAGAAAGAUAUGGACCUGGUGUCGGUACCGCUCAAUGCAAAGAUUAAGAUCCAGCGGGCCAAGAACAUGGAGCAGCUCGACCACUUCAUCGAGUACUCGCGGUUUCUGGAUAAGGCGCAACGGUUGCUGGUGGAUGCGCGCGACCGUCUGCAGAUCAUCGAUCUGAAGCUGACGGACAAGGAGAAGAAGGACUCGGCGAAGGCGGUGGCGGCCGCACACAAAACGAUGGCCUCCACGCUGUCCGGGUUGACGGCAAACGGGUACGUGCUGAAGAAGAGCAACAGCUGUGAUUCGAACCGCUACUCACCGGAGAUCGCUGCCGGUAGUGGCGGUGGCAGCCAGAACGGUUCGAUCGCGGACGAGUACGACGAGAUCGAUCAGAUCUAUGAUUAUGUGCGUGGGUUGGCACCAUUGCCGAAAAAUCUGUACAAGUUCGAAGCGGUCGAGCCACCGCCGGGUGGUUCUUCCCCAACGACGGGUGCCACUACGCCGCUCUCGAAUGCGCUGAUCGGUCCGGCCACACAUCAGCACAGCCUCAAGACGGUGGAAAACAUGAAGACGGCCCAAUCGAACGCCCUCAACAACAAUAAUAACAACAACAAUCACUACGACACUAGCAACAACAAUUACUGCAACAUCAUCAAGUACUCGAACCACACGCAGCAGCAGCAACAGCAGCAGCUGCAACAGCAACCAGUCGGCAGCACGCAUCACCACCACCAUCACGGUCAUCAUCACCACAGCCAUCAGGGUGGGCAUCACCAUCAGCAUACCGCUUCGAACAGUCUCGAAUCGUCGUCCAAGCAUGCCAGUGCGGCCCUCAAUGCCAUCAACAACAAUCACCACGGUGCGGUUGAUCACAAACCGAUCCCGCCACCGAUCGAGACGAUCCCGGGCAAGAAGCUGCCCGAAAAGCGCCAGCGGCCUACGCUUCCGAAGCUGUACUUCAAGAGCAGUAUUGGACUGCAUCAGAAGAGUCCCACACCGGGCACUACCGCCGUUAGUCCGCUGAGCAAUGGAGGCACCAAUGGAGGUGGUGGCGUAGUCCACCAUCCACCGAUCGCCAUCACACCGAAAGAGAUCGCUGUUGAGCCGCAGAGUCCACUGUUUCACAUCCGGUAUAAAAGCUUAAGCAGCUUGCAGCUUGCCGCGACGACGCCACAGCAGGACUCCCAUCCAGUCACACCGAUCUCACCCUCCCCAAAAGGUGCGGGACAGGAGAAAAAUCAUCUGCUUUCCAAGUCAGCGAGCGCUGCAGCUGGUCCGGGUGCCCGCGAAGGUACGCUCGACUCAUCGCGCAGCGGUGGCCGAACGUCCGGCGAUUCGGGGAAGCUACCGGAGAAGAAGUCCCGCCGUCUUAGUAGACCGCGCAGCCUCUCGAACCUGGUGUGGGAUCUGCGCCCGCACAAGUCAUCGGCGGAGAAGUCCAAGAAGAAGCUUUACCUGCACCAGUUCGAUCGGCAACAGGGAACGCUCUAUCUGUAA